CCAGUAUAAUUCCACCUCUUUAAGUUAUUGUUAUUAUUCAUAACUCAUCUUCAUUAACCAUGACACCGAAAAAGAAGUUGCGCGCGUGCAGGAGAUAGCUUAAGAGAUUAUUGAUCAUUUUAAAACGGAAAUUCGUGCGUAAAAACGGGUAUACAAGUGCGGGCUAAUUAUCUUGCCGGCGGGAGAGAGGGGGGCGAGAAACUGUUGAAGAUAAACGAGCGGCUCUCGACCGGAACAAGAGUUUGGGUACGAACUCCAGCCAGAGCAGGAGGAUAAGGUCCCUAUAAAUGCGUGCGUGCGUGCGUUCAUGAUUUCCAGUCGGUGGGAGGUUAGCCUUUCGGCGAGAACGAUACGCGUUGCGUAUACGCAGCCUUCCCUUCCCCUCAGUUUCCUUUCUUUCAAUCUUCUUCCUUUUCCUAUCUUCUUUUUGUCCCCAAACUCGUGCAGUGUGCCUUAACCGCAUUAAGUCCAACGAUACUUUGCAUUCGCGUGUAUUCGCCGUAUCAUUCCAAAGGGAUAUCGUGCCUGUGUUUCCGUGCAAUAACGCCCAUCUCUUACGUAGAAGAUAACACUGUGGAAAAUGAAGGAAAACGAUUAAUGUACCAUGAAGUGAUAAUCCAUUAGAAAAAAUACACAGUACAGAAGUAAAGGAAUCUUCAAAGAAUUAUUGCAUAAUCAUGGUUUCUAGAACGGAAUGCCUCGACUAUCUUCAAGAGACAUUCGAUGAAGAGAAACAUUUUAUACGAAGGAAAGAUUAGGAAAAUAAUUCCCUAGUCUAUGGAUUGUAGAGCACUAGAGAGUGCGCAUAAAAGCACGCGAAACUUUCUCGACGUAAUUCUCUCUUGGAGCAAUAAAGCCUCGGUAAUUAUUGAAACGCAAUGGCGCCUAGUUUUCAUGUUGCGGCGGCCGUAGAGGAAAGCGUGACAUGCUCGUCAUCUUGAUUAGACGCUCGGAGAAGGCGUGUACCGAAACGUGCACGCAGUUAAAUUACAAAACGAUCAACGAAUUGACAUUCGAGUAAGUGACGUUAAACGCAACGAUUAACGCUUGGUUAGCAUUCGAAUGCUGAAAUCAACGACCUGCUAAUCACGUGCUCGUACGAAACGUCAGUGCGCGCGCGAAUGUGCGAAGAGCGCAAGUAUCCAUCACUGACAUUUCACUGAGAGAAACAAGAGAGUGCAAAUACUGUGUUCGUGAGUCAGUCAGUACCAAGUGUACUUCCACUUCCAUAAACAGUUCCAAGGAUUUGAUCGGAGCAUCGAGCUGCGUAAUUCGAGCCACAAUACCAUCAAGUAAUCCUUUGUUUUACCAUUAACGUUGACCUCGCGAUAAUAACGUUGAACCGAUAUCCGGCACGCUUCAAUGCCCCGGUAAGACGUAAUGCAUUACGUAUGACUCUUAUGACUGAAAAGGUAGAGGAAGAAGAAUUUUGUAGCGGUAUGCAGUAAAUGUUAUGUAUACAUUGGAAGAUUAAAAAGAGAUCAAGAAUUUUUGUGGCGAUACACCACUUUGUGAUGAUAAUCACUAUAGAUCGAUCUCAAGGCCAAGAGGAAAAGUGAUAUUAAAAUUGAGGAGAAAAUAGCGACGAUUAUGCGAUGAAUAUUUUGGAUUAUUUUUAAUGUAAAAAAGAUGCGGGAAAAGUUUGAAACACUACAUACUGUAUAAAUUGGGUACAAAUUGGAUACUGUACAAAUAUUGCAAAGGAUAGUGCAUAAUAUAUCGAGAGAAAUUCUUUUGUAUACAAAAUGUGGAAUAUAUUAAGAGAAUUCUUGGAACAGUUCCUUUUACCGGGAUUGUUAAUAGGUGUUUUGUAUUGUUUCCUCACCACCACCUUCGACUUUUGGAAGAAUCGUGGUGUACCAUUCCGAAAACCCACUGCUCUGUUUGGCAACUUCGCCCCUAUGUUAUUGUUCCGGAAAUCCCUACCGGAAGGUAUAAAAGAAAUGUACGAGUGGUUCAAAGACGAGAGGUACUUCGGGGCAUUUCGUGUUAGAUCGCCUGUACUGAUCCUACGAGACCCAGACCUCGUGAAAAAUAUUUGCGUAAAAAACUUCGUCUGCUUCUCGAAUCGUGGCAUACCGGUGAACUCGCAGGACCCAUUAUCCGCCCACCUGUUCAAUCUGGAAGGAAAAAAAUGGAAGAGUCUCAGAUCGAAACUAACUCCAGCCUUCUCGUCCGGCAACUUGAAAAGGAUGUUCUACCUGCUGGUAGAGUGUGGCGAAGAGUUUCAAAAAUUAAUCGAUGCGUCCUCUGCGACCGAUCAACCAUUUGAGAUUCGCGAAUUGGCGGCGAAAUUUACGAUAGACGUCAUUGGUAGCUGUGCUUUUGGCAUACAAAUAAAUGCGCUCAGCAAUGAGGAAUCCGAGUUUCACAGAGCUGCUAAGAAGCUUUCGAAACCGAGUUAUAAGGCCACUCUAUGGAGAAUGCUUAGAACAGCCAUACCAAAGUUGUACAAAUUUUUGGGUGUACAGGUGAUCGAUCAAGAUGUGACCAAAUUCUUCAAAGGCGUUGUGUCGCAGAUGAUCAAUGAACGGAAAGAACAUAGUAUUAAAAGACACGAUUUUAUGGAUCUGUUAAUCGAAUUAAAGAAUAAAGGUACCUUGGACGAAUCGGGAACCGGACAGGUCUGCAACGACGAGGAUUCGGAAACAGCAGAAGAGAUAGAAUUGGACGAGAACAGCAUUGCAGCACAAGCGUUUGUGUUUUUUGCCGCCGGCUAUGAAACGUCGUCGAACACCAUUGCAUUCUGCCUUCACGAGCUGGCAUUGAAUGCUGAAAUUCAAGAAAAAGCGAGACGCGACAUAGAAGAUGCAAUUGACAGCAGAAAUGGAAAAUUGACUUAUGACAGUGUACAAGAUAUGAAGUACCUUGAUAUGGUCAUUGCAGAAACGCUUCGGAAGUAUCCUCCAGCUUCAUUACUAUCCAGAAGAUGCGAACAUCAGUACCAAAUACCGGGAAGUAAGGUCGAAUUACCAGCAGGUAUGCGAGUGAUCAUACCGAUUUAUGGGCUUCACCAUGAUCCAGAUUAUUAUCCGAAUCCCGAAAUAUUUGAUCCUGAAAGAUUUACAGAAGAAAACAAACGAACUAGGCAUCCGUAUACGUAUCUUCCAUUUGGUGAGGGACCACGAAAUUGCAUAGGUAUGCGAUUCGCACUACUAGGAAUCAAAGUGGGAAUAAUUUCAUUUCUUAGAAAACACAGAGUGGAAGUAUGUGAAAGAACAAUUACGCCCAUAAAAUUUAGUAGACGAAGCCUUGUAACCACUAGUGAGAAAGGAUUUUGGCUUAGAAUUGUUCAAUGUUCUUAAAUACUUUGCGAAAUUAAAAAGAAACAUUUUCACAUAUAAAUACCAACAACAUGUAUUAUGUACUUAAAAUACCUUAAAGAAAUUAGCAAUAUUAGUAAUUUUCUUUUUGUAACUAUUAAUAUUAAU